AUGGUAUUUCAUGUCCGAUGUAUCUAUGAUGUACGAUGUAUCUAUGAUGUACGAUGUAUCUAUGAUGUACGAUGUAUCUAUGAUGAACGAUUUUUAGAGGUAGUGAAUAGUUUAGGUGGUAUCCACCUUUCGUCAAGAUUAAAAGAUACGGACUAUGAUUUGACGUCACUAUUAGCUAAUGUUACCAGAUUAUAUGGUGCUUCGCCAUUCUUUAAAAUUAUCAUACAUGAAAGAGGCAAAUUUUCGUUGACCUCAAUCUUAUAUAUUCUGCAAGACCUAUUCGCUAAUCGUAGUCCAAAUCUUGCUGACUCCUAUGUAGUGAUUAAUCGAUAUUCUGAUCGCCUGGUCAAUUUGCUGCGGGAUAGUUCCGACGAUAUCCCUAAUUUCCGCUUCCUGUUGCCGAGUGAAUUUUACUAUAGAGCUGAAUCCGAUAAAGUUGAAGUUCUUCAAACGCAAAAAAUAAAUCUCCUGAGAAGAUUAGUGACGGAUGUUCCUAUGUCAUCAUCACCAACUUCUGUAGAUAAGCUUUUGGACGAGGUUUUCAGCUUCGAAGAUGAACUGAAUAUGAUACUAUACGAUGAUGAAAGCUCAUUCUUAAACACCGAAUUCUGGGAUUGUACGCAACGAAAUACCGAUAUACUAUCGAAUAUGGAUUUACAGUUUUCUGGUUACCAGUUAAACUGGACACAGUUCUUCAACAACGUAUUUCAAGGAGAUCACAUGACAUUGUGUAAUGUUCAGCUUAACACUGAUGUUCAAACAUUAUUAAAAAAUACUCCAAAACAUGUUGUUAAGAGAUAUAUCAUACUUCACACUGUUCUUAAUACUGAUUUAUUGGUUCUAUUCCCGUCCAUACUUAAACAACUUACACCAAAACAAGAUUUAUUGAUACAGGGCUUCGAUCAUCAACUGGAGAGACAAUGUGUGGGAUAUGUGUUUAAAUUUAUACCAGGAACAUUACAUUGUUCCAUUGACCACAAUAAAAGGGUUAAAGGUGAUUCGAGAUUCCGUUUCGUUGUGGACUCCUUAAAAUUAACCCUACACGAACAAGUACUUAAGUUAUUUAAUAUUGGUGUACAAGGUACACAAUCUAUUAUCAAAAGAUGUACAGAUGAUGUACAUGAUAUGUAUAACAGUACAGUGAACCACCAAACCACCAUACCUAAUGGGUUCUUUUCUGAUCAUUCCUUUACUACCAACGUCAUAAAACUUAUAACUCACCAAAAUCUACAGUAUUUAGAUGGUCAGAAGAAACAAGAUGUUAAUCCUUUAAAUGUGGCAUCAGUUGCUCAAUUUAUGGGCUGUUUGUAUGGUCGUGGUGUAACAGGUCCUAUAUCCUACCCAGUAUAUCUACCAUUAGUUAUACAUUUUGGUUCUUUUGGGUCAUUUCUAGCUCGACAGAUGGCCAACAAGCUCGACCUUGAUUUUGUGUUAAGUCAUUAUGGAGACAAUUUACUAGAUCACAGUGCCAUUUUAAACCUGGCAUUAAAAAUGGAUUGUUUAGCUCAUAUGUAUGACAACUUCCAGCUUUUGACGGAAAAUUCACAAACUUACAAGGUACAUGGUGAUCGAAUCAAAAAUGAAAGUUGGAGAGAUCAUUUGUCUUUGAAGAUAACCUAUGAAGCGUGGUUGAGGUUUAACAAUGGAAGAAGAGAUGUUAUAACUAUACCAGGUUUACCUUAUAGUAACAAUCAACUAUUCUUUAUACUAUAUGCUCAGACAAUGUGUGAAAAAGUAAAUAAAAGAGGAAUAUUAGACCAUUAUAUACAAGAUUCUACUAACCCUUUACCACCCAGUAAAUACAGAAUCAAUGGAGCUGCAAUGAAUUAUAUUCCAUUUGCUAGAGCAUUCCAAUGUCCCCUAAAUAGUCCAAUGAAUCCUGCUACAAAAUGUCCUGUGGUGUAA